GAAGAAGGGAAAAAAACGGUGGAGAACGCAGACUUGAAGCUAGAGAGAGAAAAGAUGAAGGUUACUUGGAACAAGGAGAAGGUGAACAAGAAACGCCCUUUGGCAGCCAUUUCCAAAUCCCAAAAUCUUCCUUUCGACAAAGAUGACGACGAAGCCAUCAGCCACAGCAACGACGACGCUGGCGGCCAGGACAAGCAACCGGGAGUCGCUGCUGGGGAGCCUUUGAAUUCAGAAUCCAAUAUUCAACUCAGCGAGUCGUUUCAAGCUCAGGGAGACAAGUUAGCCGAGGAGGGAAAAUACAGAGAAGCACUAGGGAAAUGGGAGGCUGCAAUCAAUUUGAUGCCUGAGAAUGCAGUCCUGCAUGAGCAGAAGGCACAAGUUUUACUUGAAGUUGGAGAUGCUUGGAGCUCGCUCAAGGCAGCAACUCGUAUGACCUUUGCUUUCCACUAUCUCCUUUCAGGCUUAUUUCGGGUUCGGUCAUGUUAACGGAACAAGUUCUCCUCCCUUGCAUGGUGUUACAGGAACCUACAGUGUUUAUAUAGCAGUUCUUUCCUGAACAUUUACCCUUCAGAACCUUAAUAUAGUUGCUUGAAUUGUUAUUGGUAGGAGCCACCGAGUUGAGACCAUCUUGGGCUGAGGUAUGACAGUAAUACACUACAUCAAUUUCUCUUGUAUAUAUAGGUUACAUAUUAACUUAUCUGGUGGGAAGUAGAUCAAAUAGAUUUCUCAGAAUGCAUGUGAAGUUUAAACUAGAUGGCCAUCAGUGCUAUCAGAUCUCUUGUCAUGUAGUGUUCCCUAAAAAUCUGCAUGUUGAGUGUUUUGGGUUUCUGCCAAAAAACUCUGGUGAACGCAAUUUUUGUUUGACCUAGAACCCUUUGGGUGGAGAUGCAUAUGAUAUAUGCAUUUGUAGCUAAAUCCAUGCAGUGCACAGAGUUUACAUUUUGUUCGGUUCCGAAGGGUAUUUCAAGUGAGGAAGUUAAUACCGGGAAACUAAAGAUGCCAAGCUGAUGGUUUACAGUCUGUUUCCAGGCAUGGGUAACCCUUGGCAGAGCACAGUUAAACUUUGGGGAACCUGAUAGUGCAAUUGACAGCUUUGACAGAGCACUAGCUAUCAAGGUAUAGCCAUCUUGCUUGAGCUCUGUAAAUAUUUGUCGUGCUUGAACAGUCUAUCCGCUUCUCAUUUUAUAAGGUUCCGUUCUUGGAACUCUUUUAAGUCUUAAGCAUUAAAAUCACGUUCUUGAGCAAAAUAACAAUUGCAGAAAUGUCAUUUUCAAUAGCUUUAAUUUGAUUGCCCUUUGUACAGCCUGAUUUUAAGGAAGCUGAAGUUGACAGACGUGCUGCAUCACAGCUGGUGAGGAAACGACUGCAACUUCACUCUGCUACUUCGAGUGUUAGCACAAGCCGCUACGUUGUCCAGGACAAGACAGUUGACUCUGAGUCUGGAGAGGGAGUUCUCGAGCACUAGCUUAGUUUUUGGGUUUCACUUCGAUCAUACCUUCCUGUUUCGAAAUGGUAACAGACUUUCUUAGAGGGCAGGAGCCAG